AUGAUGUCGAUAAUUGUACAGAUGAUAUCGAUCAUCACUAUCAUCACUAUUACCGGGGAAGCAGUUGAUUUACAAUCCGAUAACGAUUUUACAGAAAUCUCUGAAGGUUGUCCGUUUAUGGAGAAUACUGAGUAUGAUGUUACCGUAAAGGGUUCGGUUUCGUCGCUGAUCGGUGGUUGUGCCUACAUAAGUUACAAUGCUAGUGACAAAAUACCACAAUCAUAUAGCUUGUGGUUUGGAAAUAUUGAACAUGAUGGACCAUAUUGCCGUGGAUAUGGUAUAGAGUAUUUUCUUUUUUACUGUCUAUCAAAACCACUUUCAACGUCAGCAGACAUCAGCAAGGGACGUAUGUAUAUAAACAAAGUAUGGCCAUACGACGAAGCUGCCAAUAAGACGGGAGCACGAGAUCGCAGAUGUGCUUUGUAUGAAAAGAUCAACAAUCACGAUAAGACACUCCGUGUGKCAAUUAACAGUGACGUUUCGUGUGAUGGCUUGUCAGAAAUAUUGUACAAUUCACAGCUGAUUCAUCGACCCAACAAGGGGUCUAUGUUAAUGAUAUUUAACAAGACCAAACAUGACGUAACCACAAUAACUACUGAGUCGACACAAUCGAUAUCUAAGCGUUACGAGAGAUUAGGGUACAUCCUACAAAAUGUUGGAAAUCGACCAAACCCAUUUUGGARGACAGAAGAGAUUAAAGAAGAAAAACAUAGAAGAGGUGGUUGUGUUCAAAAUGAUUAUGCAGAUUUUGUUUUAAAAUGA